ACUUUGGCCGGCCCCUAGCGAUCUGAACCCAAACUAAAUUUCCCAGCAAGCAGCGCGCGGGCCUGGGAAAAAGGGCAAGAUGGCUGACUCCGAAGAGGGUGUUUUGCCGCUGACGGCUGCUUCCACUGCCCCAAUUUCAUUCAGCUUCACUCGCACGUCCGCACGGAGGCGGCUGGCCGACUCGGGAGACGGCGCGAGGCCAUCUCCGGAGGAGAAGGAUUUCUUGAAAAUCGUGGAAGGGAGGGAGCUGCAGAGUGUGAAGCCCCAGGAAGCCCCCAAGGAACUCGUCAUCCCUUUGAUCCAGAAUGGCCAUCGCAGGCAGCCACCAGCCCCACCUCCUGGGCCAUCCACAGAUACUGAGGCCUUGGCAGAUGGGGUGCUGUCCCAGGCUGUGAAGGAGCUCAUUGAGGAAUCCAAGAAGUCUCUGGAAGAGAGAGAGAAUGCGGGUGUCGACCCCACGCUCGCUAUCCCCAUGAUCCAGAAAGGAUGCACCCCCAGCGGGGAAGGGGCAGACAGCGAACCCCGGGCAGAGACAGUGCCAGAGGAGGCUAAUUAUGAGGCGGUCCCUGUGGAGGCCUAUGGGCUGGCCAUGCUGCGGGGCAUGGGCUGGAAACCUGGCGAGGGCAUCGGCCGCACCUUCAAUCAGUGAGUUCUGGGAUAGGGGCGAGGGGACAGACAGAUCAGGCUGCAAUCAAGAUCCCCAGGGUCACUGCCAAACCAGAACCACUCCAGGCAGGGAGGGAGGAUACAUUAUCGCCCUAACUAAUUCAGUAGCCCCUUCCACUACUGUUUUAAACUCCCAUUUGCCCUUUGAAACUCUAAUAGAAUCCCAUUUAUAUAAAGUCUGCCUCUAGGACACCAAUUUCUUCAUCUGAAAAAUGGAGGUAAUAGUACUGACUUCACAGGUCUGUUGUGAGAGUUAAAUGAAAUUAUACACAUAGGCCAGAUAGUGGCUCAUGCCUGUAAUCCCAGCACUUCGGGAGACUGAGGCAGGAGGAUCACUUAACCCCAG